AGUAUCAACGUAAAUUCUUGUUCAAGCAUAGUUGAAAUUUUAUUUAUUGAAUAUAUUUCAGUUGAUCACAUUUCCUGGAAUGGUCAAAUGAAAGAUCCGAAGCUUGCUAUAUAUUAAAAUUUUAUUGUUAGAAUAUCACAAGGAAUAUUCCCUAAGCUAAAUUUCUCUAAGUUGAAACAUAUACAAACUAAAAUAGCGAUAAUAGGGGACCUUAAGUAUUUAAACGAACGAAAUGGAUAAUUACCAUAAACUUGAAUUAAUUGGAGAAGGGUCUUUUGGAAAAGUUUAUAAGGGAUGCAAGAAAUUAACAGGAGAGAUUGUCGCUCUAAAAUUUAUUACAAAAGUUGGAAGAAGCGAAAAAGAGUUGAGAAAUUUACGGCAGGAAAUUGAAAUUAUGAGAAAUCUGCAUCAUCCAAAUACAAUACAAAUGAUUGACAGUUUUGAGACAAAUAAAGAAGUUGUUGCUGUUACAGAAUAUGCUGAAGGUGAAUUAUUUCAAAUAUUAGAAGAUGAUAGGACUCUACCAGAGGAUGUUGUUCAGUCUAUUGCUUGUCACCUUGUAUCUGCACUAUACUACUUACAUUCCCAUCGAAUAUUACAUCGAGAUCUGAAGCCACAAAAUGUUCUCAUAGCCAAGGAUGGUAUCGUUAAACUUUGUGAUUUUGGCUUUGCCAGGGCUAUGAGUUUGAACUCGCUAGUUCUAACAUCUAUAAAGGGAACACCAUUGUACAUGUCACCAGAACUUGUGGAGGAGAAGCCAUACGAUCACACAGCUGAUUUAUGGGCACUUGGUUGUAUUCUUUAUGAACUAUUCACUGGUCAGCCACCCUACUAUACGGAUAGCAUAUUUCAGCUAGUACAAUUGAUAUUAAAGGAUCCUAUCAAGUGGCCAAAAACAAUGAGCUCUGCUUUUAAAGACAUGCUACAAGUUUCUGAAGAGGAUAAAACUCUUCCAUCUCCCUUUACCCAAUUGCCAAGUGCUUCUCUUAUCAUAGAAAGAGAUAGACAAGUUCAAGAAAAAUCGUCUCUUCCAACAAAGCAAAAUAUCUUAUCAAGAGCUAGACAAAAGGCUAAUCAGCAAGGUAAAUUAGAACAGAAAAAGGAAAACACAGAGCAAGAAAAAAGAACGAGAAAAAUUGAUGAAAGGGGAGACAGCAGGCCAUCAACAGUUGAGCAUAAACCAACUAAGAAAACACCAAGUAUGCAUCAACAUCAUCCUUUGACCUAUGAAGUUCCAAGAGAAGAGGGAGAGGGAAAAACUGUUGCUUCAAAACAAGAAGCUUGGACACAACAAAAGCCGGCAAAUUUACCUCUUCAUCCGGAACGUCCUCAUACAAGACAAUGGACAGAUACUGGGACAAGCCAAGUUAGUCUUACCCCAAGAAAAAAUCGAAUUAGCGCUGAUUACGCUCAAGAGUAUCCUGAUAUAGAAAUUGAAGGUAGAACAACAAUAAAUAGACAGAGGAAGAUGGACGCUGUUAAAUUAGCUGAGGAAGAAGAGGCCGAUAGUGAUGAAGAAUGGCAAAGUUACGCUGAAAGUACAGCACCAUCCGAGAAAACGAUAGUAGUUGUAAGAAAAUUGAUAAAGGAUUCAACAUUUACUAAUCGUCUUGUAACAAGAUUAAAAAAUAAUUGUAAAAAAACAAUGGCUGCUUCCUUAGAAGGUGCUGGAAAAUUAAAAAUCGUUUUAAGGAUAAUUAUUAACUUUCUAUCUGCGGAUAGACCUCCGAAAGAAUUAGAUACCUUUUGCAAAGCUAUCGAUUGCCCAAGCUACAUUUUAAGCACAUUAGAUGCCGUUGUUUGUAGUAGAAAGAUGCAAGAGCAAGCCUGGUGCCGCCAGAUAACUUGCGAUCUAUUGGAUUGUUUGGGUAGUUAUUGUUCAUCGAAUAUUAUUAAAGAAUCUCCCCUUUAUUUACAUUCAAGUGGAUUUGCUUCUACCGUCCUUAAAAUUUUACCGUCUCUUCUCAUUAGAGAAUUUGAUGUAGACCUACAAGUUACAGAGAGAAUACUUAGCCUAACAACUUGUAUGUGCGAAAUGGUGGAUAAGACUGUUGAUGGAAAAACUAUGAUGAAAUUUUAUCGUGAUGCUGCUCCACAUUGUAAACCAGCGUUUGAAGGUCUAAUUAAGUGUAUGAGAGAUAUCACUCAUAAAAGUGUGCUGGAUCGUCUCUUACAAAUUCCUGAAUUAGCAAAAGAGGAGGAAAAAGCUCAACAGCGUAUAGAUGAAAUUCAAGCGUUCUUUCCAAUGACUUUAACAAUUUUCGUCUAUGUUUCCCCCGAUUGCCAACUUUCAACAGAUGUUAAAGCUGAUACUAAAGAAGUAUUAUCGAACAUUCUGUUAAUUAACCAAGGAACAAUGGGUCAAUUAGUUAUGCAGUUUACCGGCAGCGUCUGUAAUCAGAAUUGCUCUCCUGCAAUUUUAAUGACAAUAUUAAGCUGCUGUAGUUCAAAUUCGAAAUUAUGCAAAGUUUUAUUGGAUCAUGAUGAACUUAUUACUGGUCUUUUUGACAUUCUCAAAGGAAAAGUACCAUUCCCCGAUAUAAGGUUGAAUGCAUCUCUGGAAACUACAUUAUUACUAUUAUAUUUAAUAUUGGAACCUUGUACUCAUUGUCCCGCUUAUUAUGAAGAAGAAGCUCCUUUCCUUUGGACAGUACUAACUGAAUCAGCUAUUGCAAGCCAUACUGCUGUAACUGCUUGCUUAGUCUCGGGAAUGAUACAGAGAGGAGCUAACAUCCCAAUCGAUGCCAAUUUGGCAUUUCAUUCCAUCCAAUCAGUUUUAACUGACCUAACUCAAGUUUGUGAAGUUUGGCCAACUCAUGUAGGCGUUUUGGAUGGGAUAAUAAAUUUUCUCAUUAUCCUGUUAAUACCACCCGAAAGUGGCGUUACAUGUUCUUUGACAAUUGACGUCGAAUCUAAUUGGCUAUGCGUUCUGUCUACUGAAGAUUUGUGGCCUGCACUAUGGCAAAGACUCGCAAAUAUGAUUGGAGGAAAUGAAAUGUUACAAUUAAUGCAAAGUUUAGAAAAUAGUCAAGAAUUAAAACCACCAGCUGAACCAGACUGGUCUCUGGUAUCAGUUACAGUUAUUCGUAAGAUACUUGCUAUCUGUAAGCAAGGAUUAUUGCAGAACAUUGUCGUAUCUUACUUUUGUCAACCAGAAAAUGACUUAUUGCGUUGUUUAACUGGAUUUAUUAAUUGUUCAUUUAUGGAUGCAUAUGCAAAGAAAUUAACUCAAGACAGAAGAGAAAUUUCUGAAGAAGAGAUUUCUGAUAUUAAGAUGGAUUUUUUCCAAGAAAUUUCCUCUCUAAUUAUGCUACCAUUUGUAGUCGAAUUGGAUGAUCAACUAUCGACCAGUCUCACUUCUGCCGUCCUGAAAUCUGAUCUUUUACCGCAAAUUUUAUUUUCUUCCGUCCAUUUAUUAUCUACCAAAAGAAUCUUGUCUAAUACCAAAUUGCUUUCCGAGUGUUCGCUUAGGCCUAUUGCUUUAUUAACGAGGCUUAUACUUAUGGACACUUUUUUCGUUGAACAACUCCUUGAAUGUGCUCAACAGAUUCAAAAUGAAUUUGAUAUUUGGUUGAAAACAUUACUAGCCAGCAAAGAUCGUAAUACAAAAUUAGCAGCUGAUGUUAUUGCAUUCCUCGGUCAUUUAGUUAGAACUACUCCGUCCGCUACCGAAAUGGUCUUUAAGAUUCUCGCUAAUAAGAAGAACAAUGACCUUAAUGUAUUUAGUAGUAUACUGCAAGAUAAUGAUGCUCUAUUGAGAUCUCGAGCAUGUAAUCUAAUUGGAAAUAUAAUGAAACAUUCGGAUACAUUUUAUUCUACACUAAAUGAGCAGAACACCGUUAGAAAAUCAAUUUUAAAUUUAGUAGAAGAUGGUGAUGCUUCAGUUCGAAAGAGCGCUUCUUACGCUAUUGGGAAUAUGAUAUUUCAUAAUGAUCAAUUGGUUAAACAUCUUACAAAUUCUAUUCCUUCUUUGGUCAAUCGACUGACUGAUGAUGUACCUAGAACACGCGUUCAUGCAGCCAGAGCAUUGGGAAACUUAGCCCUACAUCGUAAAUGCCCUGUUGGAGUUGUCAUUUCCAGUAAAGCCACGUCUCGUCUUGUAGAUGCUGCUACCAACUGUCAUCAUUAUGAGUUGCAAACUUCGGCUUUGGUCGCACUUAGAGUUAUGUGCAAUCACUCAGAUCUAAUCAAAGAAAUGAACAAGCUACACACUAUUGAUAGACUUAACAAACUGUUGGAUGGUCGUUCUUCCAUCCUUAGCCAAUCUGGAAGAAACGUAUUACAAAAUCACAUAGUAAGAAUAAUUAAGUGUUUGUCAGUUGUUGAAUGA